UGCACUGGUCUGAUCUGCUCUGGCGGAUAAGCAAGCCCAAGCAAGCAGCAGGAGUGCAGGAGGCCAGCUGUUGCAGGUCGGCCAGGUGCUGAGCUCACCUGUUCAGUCAGAACCCGGCUGUUUUUACCCUGCAGCCCCCUCCCUCUCCUCUAGGUCUUGGACUGGGCAGGCUCACUCACCUGCGGCUCCCCUCCCCUUCGCUCGCUGGCCAAAUCGACGACCCCCUCCGGCUCCGGGCUCCAGCUUCUUCAGCUUCAGAUUGAGCAGGCACAGCCGCACAUUGGGAAUUGGGGAUGAGCGAGGCAUGGAGGAGGUAGGCAUGGAGCGCACCGCCUGCAAGCGCCCGCGCGCCGCGCUGGACGGCGGCACGGCGGCCGCGGCGGCGUGGCGGACGUGCCGGGUGGCGCGCGCGGCCGCCGGGGGCAAGGACCGGCACAGCAAGGUCGUGACGGCGCGGGGGCUCCGCGACCGGCGCGUCCGGCUCUCGGUGCCCACGGCCAUCCAGUUCUACGACAUCCAGGACCGCCUCGGCGUCGACCAGCCCAGCAAGGCCAUCGAGUGGCUCAUCCGCGCCGCCGCCGGCGCAAUCGACGAGCUCCCGUCGCUGGACUGCUCCUUCGCCCUCCCCGCCGGCGCCGCCUCCUCUCCGCCGGCCGCCGGAGACGACGCCGAGGUCAGCACCUCCGAGACCAGCAAGAGCUCCGUGCUCUCGCUCGCCAACGGCCCGACUGGCACCGCCGCCGCCGCCGCUCACCAAGCCAACCACGCCUACAACGGCAACGCCGGCGCGUUCGCCGAGCUUCUGCACUGCUCCGCCAACGACAGCAAGCCAACGCAGCAGCAGCAGCAGCAGCCGACGCUCGCCUACUACGCCGCGCAGCUUCCGAGCUCGCACGCCGCGCCGGCCAUGUCCUUCGAGACGAUGCCCCAGCUCGCCUUCCUCCAGGAGCAGCCGCACCCUGCGGUCGGCUUCGACAGGGGCACACUUCAGUCCAAUGUCACCGUCGCUGCGCCCCUGUGGCCGCCAUCUCAGCAGGCGUGCUUCCUGCAGAGGUUCGCCGCUGCUCCCAUUGAUGCCGCUGGACUCCCGUUCUUUCUAGGAGGCGGCACUGCUGCUCCUCCGGUGACGGUCAAUGCAGAGCCGAGGCUGCAGCUCUGGGACUUCAAGCAGGAAAGGAAGACCUGAAAUGUGGCUCUCAGAGUUUAGUGUUUCAUAUGACUAUUUCUUGGAGAGUUGUCUGCAACUGUGUUUUGCUGCUGUCCCAAGUCAUGUCUGACAAGGUUAACCAAGAUCUGAAAGGCCUGAACUGAAGAUAUCAGCGUGAGGAAGAUAUGCAAAAAUGUACCACCAUAUCUUUCAUUCGUCACUUCCAUUUGUCAUUCGCUAAGAGCGUGUGGCUUGUUUGCGACAUCUAUUGCUGUGAUGAGAUACCAUUUGUUAUCUUUUCUAAGUCAUCAGUUGUACUGUGGUAAUUUGACGCUGGCAGACCUGAUGGUUCACAUGGUUGCCUGAAUUUCCCACAUCUCCUCAUCAUCAGUAAGCUUGCAGCAAAUGUAAGGCAUGGCAUUUGCAUAUGAGAAUUCUUUACGAACUCCAGCAUCUCUAAUCUAAACUAGAACUAUCUGAAUGUUGAUCA